GACGUCAGCUCCGAAACAUUCAACUAAACAAGCCAUUUUCACCAGCGUGAGUCCCUUCCGGAGAGCUCGGCCUGCCCAAAACCACUUCACACAGUUUACAGCCUCACAACAGUCUUCAGCCCGCUUUUCUUCUGCCUGUGUGACCGCGUCUCUUUGAAAAGCAUCGCACAACGAGCCCUCUGCAAUGUCUGUGAAACCGGAGGCGGGUUCGGCGGGAGGUUGGUGUGAGGACUAUCCUGAGGAGACUGGUCGCUUUGGGAGCACCACGGCACGGCGUGAUGACUUGGGAGAGCAGCGGCAUAUGAGAGACGUGGAGGACGAUUCAAGUGAGGAGAAGCAGUUCUUCAGCCAUCCCGAAAGCGAUCGGCAACCGCUCCCUGUUGUCAUGGAAACUGCCUCCACAGAUAAAUCUGGAUUGAACUUCCAAAAGACAUCCACUGAUGACUGUGACCUAUACACCUCCCUCUUGUCCAAUCAAAGUUAUGCCUCACAUGAAGACACCUCCUACUUUUCUGGCAACCUGGGCAGAGCUGAGGAAAAGCAAACACCACAUACUGAUGACUUCAUCUCUGGCUCUCAUUCCCUCCUGUUGACCUCAGACUCCGGCAUCGAAAUAACUUCCACUGGAGACUUGAGUGACAGCUCCCACAAGACACAUGACUCUGAAAAACCUUUCGACUCGUCUUACAAUUACAUGGACAUCACCAGUAAAGAGGACUCCCUUAGCUCACAGCGUCCCCUGGAGGACUGGAGGAUGAGUGGUCUCUCAGAGCCCACCCAGUAUACCAUGUUAGAGAAGAGCCCAUCACCUGUAGAAGUGGAUGUAGAAGAGCUCGGUUCUGCUGCAGUUCAUGACUCUCAGACCUUUCCAUAUGUGGAGGAACCUUCGGAUGAAGAACUGUCCGACUAUCAGCCGUACCGCUCUCCAGGUACAGGUAGCAGUGCCAGCCCGGUAAAAAUUACCCUGUGCGACACUCCUCCUACAUCUGAAUCGCCCACCACAGUCCAGCAUAGUCCGACAGUUACAGUUUCAGAGAAGGAGAGUAUCCUGAGUCUGGGACUUGAGGGAGUGCCCACUGUCACUCUCUCGGAAGCAGAUGACGACAGCCCCGAGUCAUCUACACCGCCUCUCACAGAUGAAUCUGACUCUCCAUCAGAUCCUAACAUCCAGGCUGUUGAAACUAAAAUAACUAGCUCUACCCCAGACAAAACUCAAGCAUCUCCCAGCUCACCAUCUCAGCCCACCUUCAAGCAAGACAGAUCCCCAACAGAGGUGAAGAUCUCCCCCACAAAACCCUCCCCCACCAUCUCUCCUCCUUCCCAGGAUGUUGAGGGUAGCGGUGCAGAAUCCGGCGACUCUGAGAUUGAGCUAGUAUCUGAGGAGCUUACUCCACAAGCUCCUACCUCUGACUACAUGAGCUUCAGUAAGAAGCCAAACAUCACUCCGGCGUCCACAGUACCUUCCGUCCUGUCUUCUGCUCCUGUUACAGCUCCUGCAUUUGCCUCUGGUCCUAUGCAGUACAGCAUCUUGAGGGAGGAGCGUGAGGCAGAACUGGACAGUGAACUGGCUCUGGAGUCCUGUGGGGAAGAAAGUCCUAAGAGAUUGAGCCAUGACUCUACACAGCCGGUCAAAAACCCCACAACCCCUCAUUCAACCACAGCACACCAUGUGACUCCCACUCCUUCUCCGACUGUUCCGACUCCAACCUGUGCUCCUAAAGAAAAGACACCCACUACUGAAGAGAAGCCCAAGGUCAGCACGACCCAAGUCCCUAGUCUGGGCCUGCCAGAGCUGAAGGUGGAGCAUCCUAUUGGCGAGGUUCCCAGAGGAGAAAGGAGACGAUCCAGUCAAGGCCGCAGGGGCUCGGAAAGACAGACAGCACCACCCGCCAUCUUCCAGGGUCUAACCAGGGAGAAAGCGAUGGAGUUGCUGUACUGGCGGGACCUUAAGCAGAGUGGGCUGGUUUUUGGCAGUGUACUGCUGUUGCUUUUCUCCCUGACUCAGUUCAGCGUAGUCAGUGUGGUGGCAUAUCUUGCCCUGGCUUCUCUCUCUGCAGCCAUCAGCUUCAGAGUCUACAAGUCUGUGCUGCAAGCUGUGCAGAAGACAGAUGAGGGCCAUCCCUUCAAAACAUAUCUGGAUGUGGAGAUGUCACUGUCCCAUGAUCAGAUGCAGAAGUAUGCAGAAAAAGCCCAGUACUAUAUCAACAGCACACUGAAAGAACUACGCAGACUGUUCCUGGUUCAGGAUUUGGUGGACUCACUAAAGUUUGCAGUGCUGAUGUGGUUGCUGACCUAUGUGGGUGCUCUGUUCAAUGGACUCACUCUUCUUAUUAUGGUGGUGGUCUCCAUGUUCUCCAUGCCUGUGGUCUACGAGAAAUACCAGGCACAAAUUGAUCAGUAUAUGGACCUAAUAAGGACCAAUGUCAACUCUGUGGUGGCAAAGAUCCAGGAGAAGAUUCCUGGGGCCAAACGAAAGGCUGAGUAGGGGGAACUGAAUCAUGAUCAAGGGUUCCUCUUUGUACACACAUAUACACACAUACACACACAUCAGGCACACAUAAACAUCACUGGAACAUAGUUCUACUUUGUACACAUUGUGACGUCUAGAGCAACGGCCAAGCUGUGCAGGAGAAGUCCCAUCCUCGCCUUAUAACCAUAAAAAAUGAGGAAAAAAGCAAAGCGUGCUGUCACUCAAAUCGGGAUCUAGUGGGAAGUACGACAAAUUGAUGAAUUGUCAAUGUAACCUUGAAACAUGUAAUUCAAAUGCGGACUAGAUGUGAAUUUUUUUGUGUUGCUCAUUUUGCUCAAGUGCAUGAAGUCAAGAGUCUCAAUGCUGAUGAAUUCUCUUUUUACCUUUUAUUUUUUGUGCUUUCUCAGCUGUGCUGAAAGAUGUAUUUUGUUCUAGUGGGUGAAAGAUCUCUCCAGCUUUACUGCUCUCCCGUGACCUCUUUUUGGAAAAAAGCUUUUGGCGUUGGUGGGGCUUUUCCUCUUCCAUCACUAUAAACGUGACUAAUAUAAUCGUCAUUGUCAGCUAGAUGCAUGGAUCUGCUGAGGUUCAUGGCAUUGUAACGUCAGGCAAAAACGCAACUAUUUAGCCAAUGUUCGAAUUAGAUUGGUCGUCUCGCUCGUAGCAUUUUGUUUCUUUCUUCGUAGGACUGAUUAAAGGAGCUACAGAUUCAUGUUUUAGGGCAGUCAUUGAUGAUUUUUUUCGUAAAUGAUACAAAACAAAAGAGAGUGAGGAGAUAGAAGCUUCAGUGAGUGAUUGCCAAUUGUAUUAUUGUUACGUGUUGCUCAUUCUGUUAGCUAUUGACUCUUAACUAUUUGCACUUAAGAUAUACUCAAAAAAAAAGAAUGCGAAAAUAAAUGUUCUUAAAUGUA